AUGCAGCUUCUUGGGCGGCAAUGCCAUCAGCGGAAGCUUCCCUGCUGCCGUCACCAAGCUCACUGCACUGCAGGACCUGUGAGACCAGGGCGGGUGGUGCCACUGCAUGGAAUGGUGUGGAGUCUGGCUGACAAUGACUUAUCAGGCCCUCUUCCCCCGGGGAUCGGCAAGCUGCCCCAGCUGCAAAUGCUGCGCUUGGAUGGGAACCGUCUCUCAGGCCCCAUCCCUUCCCACAUCUCUGCGCUCUCUGCCCUCUCCUACCUCUCGUUCGCGUCUAACGAGCUCACAGGGGCCAUUCCCCCACAGAUAUCCACGUUACAAGCCCUGCAGUACAUUGAUGUGCGCAACAACCUUCUGUCAGGAGUGAUUCCCCCUCAGAUCGGCAACAACUACAACCUCAACUGGCUGUACCUGAGCAACAACCGCCUGUCUGGGUCCAUCCCAGCUUCCAUUGGCCGUCUGGAUCGCUUGCGAUACAUGUUCCUGGAUGUGAACGUGCUGAGCGGGUCCCUUCCUGACUCUAUCACUGCACUCAGUGCACUCGUCUAUCUCAUCGCAAGUCACAACCUCCUCUCUGGACCCCUCCCCACCAACGUUGGCCAGCUUCCCAAGCUUGCCUUCCUGUCUAUAAGCAACAACUCCCUGUCAGGCCCCCUCCCGCCCUCCAUGAGCCAGCUCAAUCACCUGCAGAUCUUGGAUCUAUCUCGCAACCGCCUGUCUGGUGCCAUCCCAGACGCGUUCGCUGACAAGCCUGCCCUCAACUCCAUGGACGUCAGCAGCAACUCCCUCAGUGGCGCUCCAGGCAACAUAGUCAGCAACAUGCCUUCCCUGUCCUACCUCAACCUAUCCCAGAACUACUUUACAGGACUAGUCCCGCGUGUGACGGACAGUCAACAAAUGGUCUCCUAUGACAUCAGCUCCAACUAUUUCCACGGGCCUGGGCUCGUCUCAGACACCACUCCUCUCGCUCUGCCGCUCUGCAAGACGGGGUUCGAGCCGGGAACCUUCUCGGCUGCUUCCAACUGCCUGGUGUACGGCGUUGCAACGGAGAACUCCUGCCCCACUCGCACCGGCCCCAUGAGCACAGGGGAGCUGUUACAGCGCCCCUCCCCCAUUCCCUCCCCUUUCCCCUCCUUCCGCGUCCCCUCCGUCAGAAAGUUCUCCUCCCCCCUCCGCUCCUCCCCCCUCCACUCCUCCCCCCUCCACUCCUCCCCCCUCCACUCCUCCCUCCUCCGCUCCUCCCUCCUCCGCUCCUCCCUCCUCCGCUCCUCCCUCCUCCGCUCCUCCCUCCUCCCUCCCGCUCCUCCCUCCUCCGCUCCUCCCUCCUCCGCUCCUCCCUCCUCCACUCCUCCCCCCUUCGCUCCUCCUCCUUCCGCUCCUUCCCCCUCCGCUCCUCCUCCCACUGCCCUUCCCCCCUCCGCUCCUCCCCCCACUGCCCUUCCCCCCACUGCCUUUCCCCCCACUGCCCUUCCCCCCUCCACUCCCCCGCCCUCCCCUCCUCCGGACAACCCUCCUCCCUCUCCCCCCCCUCCUUCUCCUCCCCCGCCCUCUCCCCCUCCUCCUUCCCCUCCUCCGCCCUCUCCCCCUCCGCCCACCCCCCCUCCGCCCUCCCCAAGCCUUAGGGGGGAGGAUCUAGAUGCCAUAGCCAAUGGGGAUUUGCCAGCUGUCCCUCCGGACUCCCCCCCGCCUCCCCCAGACUCCCCCCCUCCCCCACCUCCAGAUUCCCCCCCUCCCUUUCCCCCUCCUCUCCCCCCUCCCUCCCCUCCUCCCUCCCCUCCUCCCUCCCCUCCUCCCUCUCCUCCUCCCUCUCCUCCUCCCUCCCCUCCUCCCUCUCCUCCUCCCUCUCCUCCCCCCACUCCACCUCCCUCGCCUCCUCCUAAACCUCCUCCCUCUCCUCCUCCCUCCCCUCCUCCCCCUACACCCCCCUCUCCUCCUCCCCCCUCUCCUCCCCCGCCCCGCCCACCCCCACCAUCUCCCCCUCCCCCGUCCCCACCGUCCGCCUCUCCUCCCCCCCCCGCCCCCCCUCCCCCACCAACCACUGUUAACGGAGUCAAGUGCGGGUGGUUCCUGGGCUACUAUAAGUGCGAGAAUCAUGAUAGCAAUGUGCUUGCGUAA